ACCAAUUCGUGUUGUCCGCGGAGGCGGAAGGAAAGCGAACGAGCAACCCUAGCCGCCUGAGGCGAACGCCCCGAUCCGCAACGUAAGCGGGACUUGUCAUCCUAAUCCCUAACCAAUUGUUUGUAGGCCGGCGACGAUGGGGGCGGUUCGGUUCGCGGCGAGGAGGAUCGGUGGCUCCCCUGCUCCAGCAAACGCAGGCGCCGGUCGGGGAAGGGACGCCGGCUCGUGCCAAGCAGGUUCAUGCGCCCCCGCCAGCUCUCCGGCAUGGUCUCCAGUGAGCGAUCGCAGGUGGCGGAGCGACUCCUCCUCGAGCCAGGCUGGCUUAUGCGCUACCGCCAGCACGCCAGCGAGGGGCGUGAAGGCCUAUGGAGGUGCGUUUAAGGCUGUGGUCGGUGGAGCUGCCAAGGCGUUGUUUUGCUUCAGUAUGAUUACUUCUCUAAUUUUUGGUGGCAACGAGGUGGAAGACCCGGCUGCUACCAAGGAAAUGCAGUGAAGACAAGAUAAAGAAAAGGAGAACCAAUGAUGGCCUCUGCAGUUUGGCUAAGCUAGCACUGUGCUAUCUGAUUUUUGGUUCAGGUAAUUGUUGCCGCACUGUUCACUAAUGUCGUGGUGUAGAGAUGGACAGUCGAUAAAGAA